AAGUGAAAGUAUCUGGAGAGUUCCUGGUGCUUUGAGAGGGAGCGGUGCGUCAGUGUGUUCGUGCCCGUGCACAGAGAGCUGCGUGCGGGAUGGCAGAGGCGGGCGUCGUCGUCGAGGGCGACUGGGCCCCGGAGCAGAACCGAACCGUGAAGAACAAACUGCUGAAGCACUUCCUGAGCGAAAAGAAGUCCGGCGGGGGAGAGUGCCGCGUGGAGACCGUGGACGGGGUCGCGAGGGCCGUGGUCCACUUCACGUCACACCAAGUGAGAGACCGAGUUCUGUCCAAACCCGACCACGAGAUCACAGUCGACCAGACGAGUGUCAGACUGCGCCUCAGAGCAGCGAACUCUCCGAUCCAAACCUCCACAAGCAACGUUCCAGAUCCACAGAAAACUGACGAGCAGAAAAAUGCAGCUCGGACACAGGAGUCUAAACCCGAUCGAGGCUCCUCUUCUGGGUGCGUCGCCCGGUGCAGUGUGGCUCUGGGGCCGGUUCCUGAGGACAUGUCCAGAGACCUGCUGUGCGUCCUGGUGGAGAACGUGUGCGGUUUGGAGGAGACGGAGUACGACCUGGAGCUGAUCUGGGAGCUCAGCGUCGCAGUCGUGACCUUCAAGAAUCACACAGACGCAGAGAAGUUCAUGUCCUUGAGCCAGAGCAGCAGUAAACUCAGUAAACGAGGCCUGACCGCGACUCUUCUGGAGCCGGCGACCAACGUCCGAGUCGAGAACCUGCCCCCUGCUGUGGUCAAAGACAUGUUGGAUCUGUAUUUUGAGAAAAAGUGGGAGGCACCAGACGACAUCCAGAUGGUCCCAGAGGAGCAGGCUGCAGUCCUCUCCUUCUCCGACCCCACAGUGGUGAAGGACAUCUGCUCCCAGUCUGACCUCACCAUCAAAUCCACUAAGAUUAAAGUCUAUCCGUAUUACACGUCCCUGGGUGUGGCUCUGAUGGGCGAAGAUCGACCCCAGUUCAAAAUGCCUGAAGCCUUCACUGAAAACGUGCACAUCCCAGUCUGGAAGUUCCUUUGCAGCAAAAACCUCUCCGACUCCAUCAACCAAAACAUGAGUCCACACUUCUGCCACGUCAACAUGGACACGCCGCAGGUCAAACUCAGCCCUUCACCCAACUUCCUACGGCAGAACAACCUCACCAAAGAUCAAGUAGAAAACUGGAGACCCUCGGCUCUGAAGGCGUUUCGGGAGCAGAUGAACGAAUAUGGUGCGUUCGAUUGUCCUGUGAACGAGGACGCGUGGAGACUGGUCGAAAAAGAAGUGCGUGCGAUUGUGAAAGAUGAAGCUGAACUUACUUUGGAUCAAUCAAAAGAUUUUCUCACUGUUGCUUCGAGCUUCAGAAUCUUAAAACGAAUCAGGGCAGAAGUGGAGGCAGCAGUUCGCAAAGCUGUCAAUCAAAUCGACAGACAAAUGAACGGAGUUCAGGAGAAUGUGAUACUGACUCCGGCCAAGUUCCACAUUUUGAAGGAAAGUGGGCUUCAGAAGGCAGUGCGAGAUAUUUCUCCUGACCUCCUCAUGCACUUUGACAAAGGAGUUCUGACCAUAUCAGGACUGCAAAGUGAGGUUCUCAGAUUAAAAACUUGGAUUCUUGAAAAAAACAUGUCUCUAGAGAAGAAACAGCUGGAAAUACCACUUCCUCUUAAAGAUUUUCUCCAGAAAAUAGACGUAAAUCAGUUGUCCCAGGAUCUGUUCACGUCACAGGGCAUCUGCACGUUCAUCAGUUUAGAACCCAAAGGGAUUUUUCUCAUCGGAAGUUCAGAACGUUUUAUCAGUGACGCGGAGAACAAAGUGAAAUCUGUUUUGGCCGUUCAGGCUUUAAACUUUCAAGACAAAGAAGUUGUGAUGCUUAAAAAGUGGUCUGAUCUGAUGAAGAGCUUGCUGGAUUCAUACAACACCUCCAAUAAACAAACUGUGCAGGUCCAAAUUCAACCGCCAAAAAUUACAAUCGCAGGUUUUUUUAAUCCAGUGAAAGAAAUGGCCCAAAGUUUAAGUGACUUUAUCAACAGCUAUUCUCGAGUUCAGGAGAGGGUCAAAGUUGAGUCCUGCGCUGUGAUUCAGUUCAUUGAAAAGAAAAAGAUCGAAGAAUGGAAUAAAAUUGCCAAAGACAACCAGGUCAGAUAUGAGUUUGACCCUGUUCGGCCCAAAUUUACCAUUUCUGGAGCCCGAAUACACGUCCAAAACGCCAAAACGCUCUAUCAUAAUCUCACCCGAUCUCUCAUCACCGACACGUUUCAGGUGCAAAAACCAGGGGCCAAAAAGUUCUUCAAAAACCAAGGAUCCUUUUUUCUGUCUGCCUGUUUGAAUGAAUUUGGAUGCGCCGUAAUUCUGCGUCCUGAACUCCCCGACGAUGACGACGAAUUUGAAGAAGUUUUAGACGUUCAAGACGGUGGCUGCGUUGUGAGAGUUACAACGAAGAGCGGGGUGGAGGUUUCGGUGAGAAAGGCAAACAUGUGCAAGCUCAGUGUAGACGCGGUCGUGAACGCGGCUAACGAGGAACUCAAGCACAUCGGCGGGUUAGCAUUAGCGCUCCUAAACGCGGCGGGACACGAGAUGCAGCAGGACUGUGAUGAGUUCAUCAGGAAAAACGGGAAGCUUCCUGAAGGCCAGACGUUUGUCACCAAAUCGUACCGACUGCCGUGCAAACAUGUGAUCCACGCGGUCGGGCCGAGGUACACGGAAAACAAAGCUAAACUGGCACAUUUUCUCCUGAAGCUCGCUGUUAUAGAUUGUCUAACCCAAGCAGAGAAGCUGCAGUGUGCGAGUGUAGCGAUGCCAGCUUUAAGUUCAGGGGUUUUUGGUUUUCCAGUGGAUCUGUGCACAGAGACCAUCGCUCAAACCGUGAGAGAAUUCUGUGAUGACCCACAGAACACACUGGUGUCGCUCCGACAGGUGCAGCUGGUGGAUAAUAACGAUAAAACUGUGAAGGCUCUGGCUGAAGCGGUGAAGAGGGAGUUUUCUGACCUGAAACCAACCACAGGAUCUGACAAGACGAGGGUCCAAACGGAGGGAGCAGUGGGUGGCUCUGAGCCUGGAUGGGAAACUGUUCUUUAUGAAGAAAUCAACCAACCAGAAAAAAAAGACGUUUCUCGUGGAAAAGCAACGGGCAACAGACUCAGCAACCACCAACAAUUCAAACCAAAGUCCAAAGGACAGACGCUGGAGCAGACGACGCCUGAAGGAGUCAGCAUCAGUCUGGUGAACGGAAACAUCCAGGACCAAACCACGGACGUCAUCGUGAACACCAUAGCAGAGAACAUGAUCCUCCAGCAGGGGGCGGUGUCCAAGGCUCUUCUGGCGGCGGCCGGUCCAGAGCUGCAGGCCGCCGUGCUCUCGUCUGUAUCAGAGGAUAAGCUGCCGUUUGGAGAAGUGAUCAUCACCGACAGCUUCAACCUGCGCUGCCAAAAAGUGUUCCACGCCGUGUGUCCGCCCUGGGACAACGGGGCGGGGCCAGCGCAAGCGAUGUUGGAGGGCAUCGUCCAGUUGUGUUUGGAGGAGGCCGAGCGGCGGCGGCUCAGCUCCAUCUCGUUUCCUGCUCUGGGGACGGGGAACCUGAACUUCCCUCGACCCGUGGUGUCCGCUCUGAUGCUGCGACAGGUGCGCACCUUCAGCCAGGCGCGCUCCCCUCGACACCUGAGGGCGGUGCAGCUCGUGGUGCACCCGGCCGACACCCAGACUGUGCAGUGCUUCACCAACGAGUUCACAGGUCAGAGCCAGCAGAGAAACGUCCAAACAGAAGCAGAGUUUAAGCCUUUUCCUCAACCCCGCGUCCGCUCACAGCAGUCCUCAGCCUCUUUCGGGCAGGUGCAAACUCCGUCGCUCGGGGUGCAUCAGAUGCAGAUGGGUCAUGUGACCCUCGAAGUCUCCUCCGGUGACAUCACCAAAGAAACCUGUGAUGUCAUCAUCAACUCAUCCAAUGAGAACUUUACCUUGAAGACAGGUGUUUCGAGGGCCAUCUUAGAGGCUGCAGGCCGCGCUGUUGAGCUGGAGUGUGCAAACAUAGUGAGUUCUUCUGGAUAUCAGCCCAGACCUCUGAUCAUCACGUCCGCGGGGCAGCUGCAGUGUCGAAACAUCAUCCACGUCACCGGAACCAACAAGCCCCCCGUGAUAAAGGAUCUGGUUUACUCUGUGCUGAAGCUCUGUGAGGACAACAGCUUCUCCUCUGUGGCCUUCCCAGCUAUAGGCACAGGGGCCGGUGGAGCAGACCCAUCCCUCGUGGCUGAGGCGAUGGUGGGGGCCGUGGAGGAUUUUGUGAAAAAGAAGCAGCCAAAGAUCGUGCGCAGGGUCAAGGUCCUGGUUUUCCAAACGGUGAUGAUCCCAGAGUUUCUCAAGAGCAUGAAGUCCAGAGAAGGGCAGCCAGUCACGAUUGGGUUCAUAGACAAGGUCAAAGCAUUUGUUUCACCUCUAACGUCGUUCUUGGGGCUGAGCAGCGAGGGGCCGGUCAAAGAUGCACCGGUUCUGGAGGGACAGGAGAUUGAGCCCACAGUGUUCCAGCUCUGUGCAGAGACUCAGAGGGCGAUCACUCAGACGAAGCUGAGGAUCGAGGACUUGAUUGUGACGGAGCAGGCAGAGAGGACCAUCUCAGACCCGCUCCUGGUGCAUUUGACCCAAAGUGACGUGAAGCGGCUGAGUGAGAUGCAGAAGAGCCUCACGGUGAAGAUCACACUGGAGCGAAGGAACCCAGAGGAACCAACCAUUCGCCUGGAGGGUCUGACCAGAGACGUGUCCGCGGCCGAGUCCGAAGUCAGGGACAUGAUCCGUAAAGCAGAGCGCGGCGAGGCUCGAAAGAAAGACGCCUUUAUCCUGAGCGGAGUGAUCGAGUGGCAGUUUGUUCAAGACGAUGGAGGAAAGAAACCGUUCGACCCGAUGACCAACCUGGAGCUGGAGGAGGCCUUCAUCCAAAAGAAAACCACAAAGAUCAUCAUAAACCAGGAGACGUUCACCGCAAACCCACAGAGGAUGAGAGCGGACGCAGAGAGACGACGCAAGACUGUGGAACUGAUCCGGAAGGAGUGUAAAGACGAUGCGUCGCUGCCGUCGGAGUGGAGCGACAUGAAGAGCAAAGAGCUGGUGAAACUCGUCACACUUCAACCCGGGUCAACAGAGUACAACAAAGUGGAGAAUGAAGUGACUCAACAUGGACUACAACUCAACAUCAUCUCUAUCGAGCGGGUGCAGAACCCGACCUUGUGGAAGAAUUACCAGAUAAAGAAGAAGGAGAUGGACACUAAAAACCAAGGCAAAAGCAACGAGAAGGUGCUUUUCCACGGAACUGGAGCAAAUUCCAUCGACCUCAUCAACAAACAAGGAUUCAACCGCAGCUACGCAGGAGCUCAAGCUGCGAUGUACGGUAAUGGGUCGUACUUCGCUGUGGACCCUGCGUACUCGGCUCGGGGAUACUCCAAACCAGAUAAUAAGGGUCACAAGCGCCUGUACGUGGCUCUGGUCCUGGUGGGAGAAUUCACUAGAGGUCAGGCGGGCAUGAUCACUCCUCCAGCCAAAAGCAACCCCAGCGACCUCUACGACAGCGUGACCGACCAAGUGCCCAACCCGACCAUGUUCAUCAUCUUCAACGACGUGCAGGCCUAUCCACAAUACCUCAUCACGUUCACAUAAAACCUGGACUAAACUAGGUCUAAAACUGGACUAGACCAGGCUUUAACCAGAUCUAAACUGGGACUAAACCAGGUCUAAACCCAAAUUUAACCAGGACAAUGAGGACUCCUUGUGUUACAUCAUCACAUUUACUCAAACAAAACCUUUAAUAUCACAACUAAUCCUGUGGUCAAUUACACAGAACAGUCCGGAGCAAAGGCUUAACAGGGUCUAAACCAGGACUAAACCAGGUCUACACAAGGACUAAACCAGAUCUAAACCAGGACUAAACCAGAUCUAAACCAGGACUAAACCAGAUCUAAACCAGGACUAAACCAGGUCUACACAAGGACUAAACUAGGACUAAACCAGAUCUAAACCAGAUCUAAACCAGGACUAACCCAAGUCCUGACUUCAGUGCCUCAACAUCACAUCCACCUAAAGCAUUUACAUUUACAAUCACAAUCACAUAAUCAAUAAUAAACAUUUACUUGUGAUGAAAAACUAGACUAAACCAGGACUUAACCAGGUCCAGAGUCGGUCUGAUCCACUCGAUUUAAUCACAACACUUUCAAAUUUACAUCAUAAUUUAUCACGUUCACCUGAAAGACGUGACGAUAAAACCACAAACUGGAGUCUGCACUGAACCAGGAUUAUAACACAUGACAAGGAUUUAACGAGUUCUAAACCAGGUCUAAAACGGGACUUAUGAAGACUUGAAUCAGAACUAAACCAGGACUGUAGACAAGGACCUAAUUAGGACAAAAUUGGUAACUUAGACUAAAUUACAGCUACAUAAAUAGACUUAAAACUAGAACUAAAACAAAACCCUUUAUAGUCACACACUGGGUUUGUGGCGUUUUUAUUUUCUUCUCUGUUUUUAUCUUAAAUCUUCAGGAAAUAAUGAUGAACACAUUAUUAUAUUAAUUUAGCAUCAAGAUUUACGCCGCCAUUUUCCAGACCUGCAACUUGUUUCUAAGCCAAUUCUUUAUCUACAGUGUAAAAGCCAAUGCUGCGUUACAGUAACAUGAGUCAAAACUUUAGUCUCUUUUUCUGCACGUCUGUAGUUUCUCAGUUCACCAGGGGGCGCUACAGACACUGACAAAACAAUGUCAUUUACUAAACUAUAAAAACAUUGCACUGUUUCAUUGUAAUUUUCUUGUUUUAUUUGGAUUUAAUCACGACUCGUCUUUAAAUGAAGCACAGAAACAAUCAGAACUCAAAGGGCUUUGUGAUUAAAUUAAAACUGUCUUGAUUUCCAAAUGUUACUCGUGUUUAUAAAAUAAUGCCAAAGAAAAUAUUCUGCUUAAAUAAAAAAAAAUAAAAAAAAUACUUAAAUUAAAAAUAAAUAAAUAA